UCCUUCUUCCUCCUCCUCCUCCUCCUCCUCCUCCUCUUUCUGGAUAGUCCCCCUCGCCUUCAUGCUUCUUCCUCCAGCCUUCAAACUCCGCCGCUGCAGCCCAGUGGGCGCUCCCCUCCAGCGCUCCGGGGUCCAUGCGCCCCUUCCCCAUCUCCCUCGCUCCUCCUGCCGCCCUACCCUGCCCUAAUCCAGCCGGGACCCCCCCCCCCCCCAAGCCGCUGCCCCAAUAGCCGGGCCAUGGGCUCUUCCCACUCGAUGUCCGAGGAGAACCGCCAACUCGCCCACAAGACCGGCUUCACGAUGGAUCAAAUUGAGCACCUGCAUCGGCGAUUUAAGCAGCUGAGCGGAGACCAACCAACCAUCCGCAAGGAGAACUUUGAUCGUGUUCCUGACUUGGAAUUCAACCCAAUUCGGUCGAAAAUUGUUCAAGCCUUUUUUGACAAGAGGAAUCUGCGGGGAGCCUCCGGGGGCUUCGUGGACGAAAUCAACUUUGAAGACUUCCUGACCGUCAUGUCCAACUUCCGCCCCAUCGAGUUGAAUAUGGACGAGGAGCAGCUGGGCCGCUUCAGGAAGCAGAAGUUGAAAUUCCUCUUCCACAUGUACGAUGGAGACAGUGAUGGGAAGAUCACCUUGCAGGAAUACAGAAAUGUGGUCCAACAGAUGCUCUCAGGAAACCCCCACCUGGAUAAGGAAUCCGUGAGAUCCAUAGCGGAUGGAGCCAUGAUGGAGGCCGCUAGCAUCUGUGUGGGGCAGAUGGAGCCGGAUCAAGUCUACGAAGGGAUCACAUUUGAUGAUUUCCUGAAGAUAUGGGAAGGAAUCGACAUAGAGACCAAGAUGCACGUCCGCUUCCUGACUCUGGAACCCAUGGCGUUCUGCUACUGACGGCGGCGGAGUAGCUACAACGGGGUGGUGGGAGGCUUUGGAGAUAGCUGUGAGCUUGUUUGGGUGGGUGGGAGGGCCACAUGUCUCUUGGAACAACUGCCAUGGAUCCACGAAGUUCAGAGUCAUCUGGACCAGCCACAUGGAUUCCCAUCUUCAGUUGAAGACCAACCUUCCAGUGUCCAGUAAAAGGACCUCUGCUUUGAUGCAA